AUGCCAAAGGUUGAUCACCGAGCCAAGCUCGCGGAGCUCAGGGCGUUGCGCCAGUCAGGCAAGAAAGCCUUUGACCGCUACCGCGUUGACGAUGCAGACAAUCUCUACGACGAGGUGGACGAAGAUGGCUACAAGAAGAUCGUCCGUGAUCGUCUCAACGAGGAUGACUUUGUAGUCGACGACAAUGGCGAGGGAUACGCCGACGACGGUCGUGAAGAGUGGGAUCGUGUCCGACAAUCUGAAUCGGACAGCGAUGACGAUAGAACACACCGUCAAGGCCGCCGUAGCAAAGCGGCCACGAAGAACGUUGACGACAGACAGGUCAAGAGGGACGACAGCGACCGUCACAUCAGCGAUUAUUUCAACAAGGGCGCUGGCAAGGUUCAACCCAGACCGAAGGUAAAUCAGACAAAGGGGGAUGACGAAUUUAUGGCGAAUCUCCUGGACGAAGUCGACUCUGGCAUUCCUUCGUCCGCAGCCAGGGACACGAAGCUGGAUAGCCCAGCAGGCCGCAGCAAGGCCAGACCCCCCUCACCCGCACCCGCACCCGCCCCCAAGAGGCAAAAGCGUGACGGUUCCCAUCUGUCGUCCCCUUGCGCGCCAGCCGGCAUGUUGGGUGACGACAAUUUCCUACCUCCAGUCGGCGAUGGGCCAUUCGGAGCAGAGGAUCAACUCAUGAGCGACGGCCCCGCGCCUUCUUCUCCGGCCGCCAAGGUUGCGGAGCGGAAGGCUCAGCUAAAGCAGGAGCUGCAAGGCGAUGAGGACGAAGACAUGAUGGAGGUUGCCCAUGCAGGCGCGGUGAAGACGGCAAGCGUCAAUUUGUCAGCGGCUCGACCAGUCAAGAAGCUGCUCAAGCCAGAUCCUCACCCCUCCCCGGCCAGCUCAUCCCCUGCCAACACUAUCGCUGCAAACACUGUCGAUUCAUCAUCCUGGAACGACCUCACGAAGAAGCUCAAUGUCGUCGAUCAUCCCCACCCAUCGGAAACGAGAGGAAUCGGCAAGAUCGACCACAAUGAUGCCCUCGAGGCCGAUGGCAGUCUUAACUUUUUUUGGAUAGACUAUGCCGAAGUGAACGGAAGUCUUUGUCUGUUCGGCAAGGUGUUGAACAAGAAGAACAAGUCGUACACGAGUUGCUUCGUCAAGGUCGACAACAUUCUGAGGAAGUUGUAUUUCCUGCCUCGCCAGCAGCGUGUUCGCGAUGGCGAGGACACGUGUGACGACGUCAAGAUGGUGGACGUUUAUGAGGAAGUGGACGAGUUGAUGACCAAGAUGAAUAUUGGCAUGUACAAGAUCAAAGCGUGCACCCGCAAGUAUGCCUUUGAACUUGCCGGCAUACCGAGAGAAACGCAGUAUUUGAAGCUAUUCUACCCGUACACAAAACCUCCCAUUGAUGCAAGCGCAACUGGGGAAACAUUUUCCCAUGUGUUUGGUACCAACACUGCGCUCUUCGAACAGUUCGUCCUCUGGAAGAACAUCAUGGGCCCUUGUUGGCUCAAAAUCCGGGAUGCCGACUUUGGCACAAUCAAAAACGCAUCCCACUGCAGGCUUGAGGUAUUAGCCGAGCAUCCUGACAUGGUGUCGACGAUGAGCGAGUCUGAUGGUCUUGACGCACCCCCCUUGACCCUCAUGAGUAUCGCGCUCCGAACGGCCUUCAAUGCUCGGGAGAACAAGCAGGAGAUACUCGCCAUCAGCGCUCGAAUUUACGACAGAGUGUUUCUCGGCGACACCACGCCUGCGGAAAAGAUGCCGUGCCGAACUUUCACAAUUAUUAGACCUCAUGGACAAGUGUUUCCCCUUGGCUUUGACCAACUGGUGAGGCAGAGGAACAGGGGUCUCAUCGUCCUCAAGAAGUCCGAGUCGGAGCUUCUGAGUUUCUUCUUGGCUCAGAUAGACGUCGUUGAUCCCGACGUCAUUCUAGGUCAUCAGUUGGAGGGUGUGGACUAUAGCGUCGUGCUGAACCGCCUACAUGAGAAAAAGAUACAUCACUGGUCAAGGCUUGGGCGGCUACGACGAGCACAAUGGCCUGCUUCCAUUGGGAAAGUGGGUGGCAACGUCUUUGCCGAGCGUCAGAUCAUAGCUGGGCGUUUACUCUGCGAUAUCGCGAACGAUGCUGGAAAAUCCACAAUGUUCAAGUGCCAGUCCUGGAGUUUGACGGAGAUGUGCAGCCUCUACCUUUCUGGAGACAAUCGCCGGCGGGAUAUCGAUAACGAGGCUGCCCUGAAUGGCUGGGCCAGGGAAAAGCAAGGCUUGAUGGACUACAUUACGCAUCUGGAGGCAGACACUCACUACAUCGCCGCCCUGGCUCUCGGGGUUCAACUCCUUCCGCUAACCAAAGUUCUCACCAACCUGGCUGGCAAUUCGUGGGCCCGCACCUUGACAGGUACCCGUGCCGAACGAAAUGAGUUUAUUCUGCUGCACGAAUUUCACCGCAAUAAAUACAUCUGCCCUGACAAGCAAGGUUUUCGCGGUCGCCAAAAGGCUGAGGAAGAAGAUCAAAGUGGAGGGAAGAGGAAGGAUAAGUACAAGGGUGGCCUCGUCUUCGAGCCUGAAAAGGGCCUCUACGACAAGUUUGUGCUUGUCAUGGAUUUCAACUCUUUGUACCCGUCGAUCAUUCAGGAAUUCAACAUUUGCUUUACCACGGUGGAGAGAGCGAGUUUGGUUGAUGAUGAUACAGUUCCCGAAAUCCCCGCCAACCAAGACCAAGGCAUCCUGCCAAGGCUCAUCGCUACACUUGUCAGUCGCCGUCGCCAAGUAAAGUCUCUGAUGAAGGACAAGAGCGCCACUCCUCAGCAGCUUGCGACGUGGGAUAUCAAACAGUUUGCCCUGAAGCUCACGGCAAACUCCAUGUAUGGCUGCUUGGGCUAUACAAAAUCUCGCUUCUACGCUCGACCAUUGGCCAUGUUGACGACAUUCAAAGGCCGUGAGAUUCUUAGGAGCACCAAAGAACUGGCAGAGGGCAAAUCGCUUCAGGUCAUUUACGGCGAUACGGACUCAGUCAUGAUCAAUGCCAAUGUGAACUCGGUCGCGGAUGCUUUCAAGGUCGGCAAUGAGUUUAAGAAGGCUGUCAACGAUCAAUAUAGGCUACUAGAGAUCGACAUCGACAAUGUCUUUCGUCGUAUCCUUCUUCAGGCCAAGAAGAAAUAUGCCGCCAUCAACCUCGUCGAGAAGGACGGCAAAUUUGUUGAAGAAAUGGAAGUCAAGGGCCUGGAUAUGAAGCGCCGGGAAUACUGCGCCCUGUCCAAGGAAAUCUCCAAGCACUUGCUCGACGAGAUCCUAUCUGGAGACGAAACCGAGCUUGCUGUUGCCUCUAUCCACGAAUAUUUACGCGACAUUGCGCACAAGAUGCGUGAACAGGCCAUCCCAACAGCAAAGUACAUCAUCUACACCCAGCUUGGUAAGGCUCCAAAAGAGUAUCCCAAUGCCGACUCCAUGCCGCAGGUCCAGGUCGCUCUCCGCGAUAUUGCCCGUGGCAAGCCGGUACGGAAGGGCGAUGUCGUUUCGUACAUUGUCACCGGUGAUGGCAAGAGCUCGGAUCCCGCGCCGAAGAGGGCUUUCUCACCGGCAGAUCUCAAGGCGGACUCCAGUCUGCAGCCAGAUGUUGAGUACUACUUGAGCAAACAAAUAUUCCCCCCUGUCGAAAGAUUAUGUGCCAACAUCGUCGGCACAUCCGCGUCCCAGCUUGCCGAGCAGCUGGGGUUGGAUAUUCGACGGUACGGCUCGCACGAGACGCGGCAGCCGAGCAACAUUUCCGACGAACUCGAGAUUCAUCCACUUGACUCUCAGAUUUCGGAUGAAAUAAGAUUUCGUGAAUGUGCGAGGCUCUCUCUCCAAUGCCGCAAAUGCAAGGCUAGCACGGUCUUCGAAGGUCUCACCGCAUCCCUGGACUACACCUCCGCUUUAGGCGUCCUCUGCAGCGGCUGCCGAGCAGUUUUGCCUCUCCACUCUAUCGUCGCCCAGGUUGAGCACGCAGUUCGUGCGCAGACCUCCCGAUACUACGAGGGCUGGCUCGUCUGUGACGACUCCCAGUGCGCCAACCGCACCCGCCAGAUAAGCGUCUAUGGCACCCGGUGUCUCGGUCCGAGGGGGCUGGCACAUGACUGCCUUGGACAUAUGCGAUACGAAUACACCGAGAAGGCCAUUUACAACCAGCUCGUCUACUUUGCCAGUAUAUGGGACGUCGACAAAGCGCGCUCCAAAGCUUCUAAUGUCAACGGUGAUUCGUCAGUGGGAGACCGUGACGUGAUCCUAGCCUUGGCGGAGCAUAAUCGUGUCCGCUUUGAAACAGUCAAGGGCGUGAUAGACAAGUACCUGGACAAGUGCGGACGGCAGUGGGUUGCCAUGGAUACUUUAUUCGCUAAGCUAGGCUGCAAUCAGUAG